AUGGCAUCCACACCUCACGACCCCACACUCCACCUCCCCCGGCUCCUCUGUCUCCACGGCGGUGGAACAAACGCCCUGAUUUUCACCAUGCAAUGUCGCGUCCUCUCUUUACACCUAAAACCCUAUUUCCGUCUUGUGUUUGCCGAAGCACCUUUUGAAUCUGGGGCUGGUCCCGACGUCACAAGUGUCUAUGGAGAGUGUGGACCUUUUAAACGAUGGCUGGGUUGGUUACCCGAGCAUGAAGUUAUAGAUCCACGUGAUGAGGUUACUGCUAUUGAAGAGAGUAUUGAGAAUGCGAUGAGCGAUGAUGAUGCGAAAGGGGCUAUGGGGGGAUGGGUAGGAUUGUUGGGGUUUAGUCAGGGGGCGAAGAUAGCCGGAAGUUUGUUGUUGAGGAGGCAGAUUAGAGAGGAAGGGGGGAGGGAUUUGGAGGGGCAGGAUUGGAGGUUUGCGGUUUUGAUGGCGGGGAGGGCGCCAUUGAUUAGCUUGGAGAGGGAUCAGGAUCGAUGGGGUCUGGUGGAUGAGAACGAUGUUUUGACCUUACCGACUAUACAUGUUCAUGGACUGAAAGAUACGGGGUUAGACUAUCAUAAGGAGUUGCUUAAGAUCUGGUCCGAGAAAGGAAGUGCGCAGCUGAUUGAAUGGGAUGGAAACCACAGAAUUCCGAUUAAGGCCGGGGAUGUUGAAGCUGUGGUGAACCCGAUACUCGCAUUGGCGAAGAAACUGGGAGUUUUGACAGUUGACCUUCCUGUUUGA